AUGUCGCCCCUUGAAAUCUUCAUGCAUGCGCCCCCAAUCUCCCGAACACUAGCCGCCAUAACGUUCACACUGUCUGUUCUGGUCUACGUAGGACCCUUCGACUUCUCCCUCUUCAACCUCCAGCUGCCGUCGCUCAUCAAGCUUCCGCCAGAGCUCUGGCGAAUUUUUACAUCUCUCUUUAUCACGUGGCCAAAUUUUGGGAUUUUAUUUGACACGUAUUUUUUGUAUACUUAUGGCUCUAAGCUUGAAAUUGCCUCACCUCGAUUUUCCCAGCGAGCGGACUUUUUCACUUAUAUAUGUUUUUGUUCGGUAUUGAUCUUGCUCCUAAACAUCCUCAUCGUCUACGGAAAUGUCUUCGCUUCCCCCCUCGCCCUCUGCUUCAUCACCAGUACCACUCGCGACACCUGGGACCAACCCAUGACCCUCUUCGUCCUCAAGAUGCCCUCCCAAUACUUCCCCUACGCCCUCCUCUUCCUAACCCUCAUCGUCAGCUCCCCGCAAGCAGCCAUGAUCCAAGCCACGGGUGUCGGCGCCGCCCAUCUAUAUGACUUCCUCUCGGGCCUGUAUCCAAACUUCGGCAUCAAGAGGAAUCUGAUCUCGUCGCCGGGGCUGGUGAAGAGGGUUUUUGGGAUCCAGACUAUGGUGGAGAGGCCGUAUGGCACGGCGAAUAUGCCGGGGGUUGCCAAGGAGGCGGCGUGGGGCUUGGAUUUGUCGUGGAAGAGGUUCGGGCCGGGACGGACGUUGGGAGGGGAUGGGUCUGCAUCUGGCGUGGAGAGGCAGCGACCGACGGGUCUUGCUCUUGCUGCGAUGGUGAUGGUUGGGUUUGUCGUGGUGUGUGGCUUUCUAGCGCUUUUGUUUGUGCAGCACGGGGAUCCUCGUGCUUGGUUCUCGGGCGUCAAUACUGGUGGGGUGUUCCAGAUUGAAGGAGGAGGUGGAAGUGGCGGUGCAGGAUCGGCGAUGCCACAGGAUAUUCCCCGAAGUAAUCUAUACUUGGUGCUCGCAAAAUCCAAUAUUUCCAAUUUAAGACUAUCAGACCAGAGAGCAAAAUCUUGCUACCAUAAGUAG